AUGCAGCAGCUCGUCCACGCGAUUGAGAAAAGUGAUGGCAGUCAAAUUCGGGCACUUUUACAAAAAAAUCACACAUUACUUCAAGAUCCCGAUUUAUUACACAAUCUUCUCACCUUUCACAAUUAUGAGUUGGUUGAGAUUCUUCACGCUGUUCUAUCCACUGGGUGUCCCUGUGUAUCUCAAAAUGACAACGGCGAAACGCCGCUUCAUAUAGCGAGUGGCCAGAACAAUUUAGUAAUAGUUGAGUUACUGAUUGACUCUUCUCAGAAAGACCCGCACUUCGAUAUUAACGCGACGGACAACCACGGUCAAACGAGUCUUCACCGAGCUGCCAAAACGACAUGUAGUGACCCAUCGAUAGUCAAAUGUCUAAUAGACCAUGGUGCUUCAAUAGUUUCGAUUGAUCAUACCGGGAAGACCGCGUUUGAUUAUGCUGAAGAGAACAAGCACUAUGCCAAAGCUCAAUUGUUAAAUAUUGAUGAAGAGAUUGAGAGUAAAGAGCAACACUAUUACAAUGCUUAUGGCUAUGAGAUCCCAUACCCCGAGACAUCUCCUCGGAAAGAGCGGCACAGCGAUAACGUGAAAUGGUUAGUGACUGUUGGUCAUUGGAAAGUUGCCACUUUAAAAGAGCAGAAAUGGGUGAAGAAGCACAUCACAAUGUUAAACCCACAAGUCCGUCCAAAGAUAUGGGAGUGCUUCACUGGGGUCAUCCCAAGUUCUGCUAAUCGUGAAGAGAUGAUGAAAUUAUAUGCUGUUGGAUGUCAAGGAAAAGGAAUAAAGGAGGUCAGAAAAGGUUUAAAUGUCUUUCCAGAUCACAAGGCUUUCAUUGAAAUGAAGGGAAAAUACCGUUUGGAAAGGAUGGUCGUUGCUUUCUUAGAAGUACAAAAGAAGUCCGUUAUCUCCUCCGUCUGUAAAAUAGCUGGGAUGUUACUCUGCGUCGUCGGUGAGGACUCGGGUUUCGAUAUCUUAAUGCAACUCAAAUCAGAGAAAUACGCAAUAUCUGAAUUCAUCGAUUCAAAUGCACCUGAGGCUAUCUAUAUCUUCCCUCGUAUGUUUAAACUCGAGGUUUGCCAGUUGUACGAUAAACUGUGCUCUAUCGGGUUCGAAAUGAAUUACUUCGUCACUUGGUUCGCUGAUCUCUUCAUCGACGUUUUCCCUCCUCUCUUGACUAUUAGAGUUUGGGACUGUUACUUGUAUGAAGGAAAGGAUGUACUCUAUUUGAUCGCUAUUAACUACUUGAAACUCCUCAAACCGGAUUUGAUGAAGGCAAAUACAGCAGAAGAGGCGUACGGCAUCAUAGAUAGUAUAUCAGCAAAACUCUUGGACAGCGCUAUUGCUAAUUUGACGAAAGACAAGAUCGAUAAGACUAUGUUGGAAACUUUGCGGAAUGGAAUGAAAAAGAAAGAACAGAAUUAG